UUAACAUUCGCUUUAAAUUUAUGGAAUCUUUGGUUAGCAGUAUUUAGUGUGGUUGGUUCAUACUUUACUGGUGUUGAGCUAUAUAAUGAUAUUGUUCAUAAAGGAUUAGUCGUUAAAGAUCUUAUUGUUAUUGCUGAUAAAUUUUAUCAGUGGAAAAUGAGUCUCAUAUUCUCAUCAAAAUUUGAUUAUGAAAGAGCGAAAAAUUGGAUAUCAAAUAUGGAAUCAACAGCGUUUAAUUUAUCUUUGUUAUAUAUAAUUAGUAUAUUUUCUAUUAAAUAUACAUUACAAAAUCGUAAAGCGCUAAAUUUAAAAUGGCCUCUCGUAUUGUGGAACGCAUUUCUCGCUAUAUUUAGUGUCACUGGAUUCGUUAGAAUAACGCCCGUAUUUAUCCAACAAAUCAAACAACAAGGAGUUAUUAGUACAUUUACAAAAAUCGGACCAUUAUUCAACGAUAAUGUCGCUGGUUAUUGGACAUUUUUAUGGGUUUUAUCGAAGUUACCCGAAUUUGUUGAUACCAUCUUUAUUGUAUUAAGGAAACGUCCAUUAAUAUUUAUGCACUGGUAUCACCAUGCGUUAACAAGUUAUUUUGGCUUUGUUGCUUAUGCAUCAAGUGAUGCUUUCUUGAUAUGGAUUGUUUGGCUUAAUUAUUUUAUUCAUUCACUAAUGUACAGCUAUUUUAUGCUACAGUCGUUGAGGCUUCGUCUUCCACCUCAAGUAGCUCAACUUCUCACCGCUAGUCAAAUCAUUCAGUUUUUAAUUACUCAUGUUGUGAUGAUUUAUUUGGCAUUUCUGGUUCUCACAACGGAUGGUAAAUACGAUAUAUCGGUCAGAGGUUUCCUAACUGGUGCUUUCAUGGAAAUUACUUAUCUUAUUCUUUGGAUUCGAUUUUAUUAUGAUUCUUAUAUUAAUAACGGUGGGAGAAAAUAUUCAAUUCAUAUGAAAGCUGAUAAAGCUGCAUAA